AGGAGGGUGGCGUAGGAGCAAAGCGGAUCAUUUUUAGCUUGCGGUUUGCUGGUCUAUGCUUUCCGAGGGUGGAAGGGUUUUUUCCAACUGCGUGAACUUAUCAUGGCUUCGUUUGAAUGUAGGGUGCAGUUUUUAGACGAUACGGACCCUUUCAAUAGCACGAACUUUCCCGAACCGUCUCGCCCUCCCUUAUAUACGUUCAGAGUAGACAUUCCACUAGUUAAUCAGAUUGCAGGCGCGCAUCGUCUUCUUAAGGCACCACAAAAGAUUGAUGACUGUGCACUUCAGUUGUCGCAUAAUAGUGCAUACCUGGACUUAGAGUCUACCUUGGAAGAACAACAAGAUGAAAUGGAAGGAUUCCAUGAAGAUUCUGUGAGGGGAAAGAAACACAGCAUUAUCCUUAGAACAAAGCUAUCAAUUCGAGUUCAUGCAUGCAUUGAAAAACUUUACAGUUAUGACGGAAGGGAACUGAGAAGGGCUCUUUUUUCCCUCAAGCAAAUUUUUCAGGAUGAUAAAGAUUUAGUUCACGAAUUUAUUAGGGCUGAUGGUUUGAAAUGUUUAGUCAAACUUGGAGCAGAGACUGACCAAAACUAUCAGAAUUACAUAUUAAGAGCACUGGGACAAAUCAUGCUGUAUGUUGAUGGAAUGAAUGGAAUUAUAAAUAAUAACGAAACAGUUCAGUGGCUCUACACUCUUAUUGGAUCAAAGUUUAGAUUGGUUGUAAAAACAUCAUUAAAGUUACUGCUGGUGUUUGUGGAGUACACUGAAACAAACUCACUACUUCUAACUCAGGCAGUGACUGUAUCUGACAUCAAAAAAGGAGUCAAAGCAUGGUCCACUAUUAUGGACAUACUCAGAGAGAAGGAUGGUGUAGACACUGAGCUACUUGUUCAUAUGAUGACAUUAAUUAAUAAGACAUUGGAAUAUGUGCCUGAUGAUGAUUUAUAUUUUAACAUCUUGGAUUGCCUAGAAGAACUUGGCAUGGAAUCUGUUGUUAAGAGACAUUUGAACAAAAAAGGAACAGAUCUGGACCUAGUAGAGCAAUGUAACACUUAUGAGACCACGUUUAAAUAUGACAAUGGUGACAGUGAUGUUUAUAAUGCUGCAAAUAUAGCUAAGAGAAAAAGAAUGUCUUCACAUAAUCUGCAGGCUUUAAUUCAUAAGCGGAGUCUCAGACAGACAGUGGAGAAUGUUAAUAAAAACCUGCCUUCUCAAGCUAAGUCCUGCAGCUAUUUGAACAAGUGCCAAUCCAAGACAGAAAAUAUUAAUGAAAUGCAUCAGCCAAGUGAAAAAUCCAGCUAUUUCAAUGGCAAUCCAAGUGCACUGCACCAAGACAGGGCAUGUUUAGGUGGUCUUCUUACUUCAUCUUAUCGUCAACACCAAGAAUCACUGGCAGCAGAAAGAGAAAGGCGGCGUCAGGAAAGAGAAGAGAGGCUUCACAAAAUAGAAAGAGAAGAAAGAAACAAGUUCCAGCAACAUUAUUUGGAUACAAGGGAGGAACAAAGGCAUGCAAGAGAAGAAAGGUACAAAAACUUGGAGAAAUUAGCGGCUGAAGAGUAUGCACAGGAGGUAAAAAAUAGGAACAAGUGCAAUAGAAAGGAAUUCAGCAGUUGUUUUAUAGAAAAUUCUUCAUUUGACAAAUCAGACUAUUUAAAAACUCCUGAAGAUUAUUGCUGUGAGGAUAAUGUGCUCUCAGUAGAAAAUAUGAUUCAAUCCAGUUCAUUUUACCCAAGUGAUUUCAGUUCUGUACAAGAGUCUGUAAUGGAUAACUCUGCCAAAUCUGAAUGUCAUGUAAAAGGAGAGCUGCAAUUCAGAACACCAACAGAAGAUAAUAAUAAGGAUACUAAGGAUUAUGACUGCCAGAAGCAACUUGUUGAUAACAGUACACAACUGAGUGAAAAAGAAAAGCAGUAUGAAGAAUCUAAUGAAAAAGAUCUAUGUUCUGGAUCCAGUGUUUCAUCUACUAGCAGCACCUCAGAAAGGGUGGAAAAAGAAGAGAGUAGUGAAAAUGAAACAGUUUGGGUGGAAAACAUGAGCAAUAAGGAAGAUAAUGAAUUUUGUGCCUUGGGGUACAGCAGUCAAGAAGUUUUAAUGCUUGAUCUACUCUAUGAAGACAAAAACAUAUGUGAAGAGCAAGACAAAGAAACAGAUGAUGAAGUUGAUGAAAGUAAAGAAGAGACUGAAAAGGACAAACUUUUAUCUGACUUGAUUUUCAGUACACCAGUUUUACAUUCUAGCAAAGUUGAGGAAAGCAUUGAAAAUAUUGAUGAUCAAAACUGUGAAAAUUUUUUAGAUGAAAUAAAAAGUAGGGAUACUGAGGUAUCUGAAGCAAGCAGAAGUGAACCCAUUUUAGAUAUUACUGUUCAGUCAAGAAAAGAUGCAGAUUUCAUGUGGGAUCAAAUGAUGGCUAACCCAAAAGAACUUAGAAUAAAAGAUAUGGAUUUUACAGAGCUUGGGGAAGAUGAUGACUUUGAUGUUCUAAGCAUGGAUUUAGAGACCAAGGAGACUACUAACAUUUUUCCACCAAUGCCGCCACCACCUUUAAACUGUAUAGGUCUGUUACCACCCCCUCCUCUACCUCCUUCAAGAUCUUUAAAUGCAAACCCGUCUUGUGUACUUCCUCCCCCACUGCCCCCUGUUAGUCAGUUUUGCCCCCCUGUUAGUCAGUUUUGCGGAUCACCUCAACUACUAAGAAAGGAACCAAUCUUCAAUAAAAAGAAGAAAACAAUACGCCUCUUUUGGAAUGAGGUUCGGCCAUUUCAGUUGCAGCCUUUCCACCAUUCACGAUACAGAGAUUGUAUGUGGUCUAAAUUAGAACCCAUAAAUCUGGACACAUCAAAAUUAGAGUACCUAUUUGAAUCAAAAUCAAAGGAUCUACCUGUCACUAAGAAAACUGCUGGUGAUGGAAAAAAACAGGAGGUCAUUGUGUUGGAUUCUAAAAGAAGUAAUGCAAUAAAUAUUGGACUUACAGUAUUACCGCCUCCAAGAACUAUCAAGAUGGCAAUUCUUAAUUUUGAUGAGUAUGCUUUGAACAAGGAAGGUAUUGAUAAAAUUCUGACAAUGAUACCCACAGAAGAGGAAAAACAAAAGAUUCAAGAAGCUCAGCUAGCAAGUCCUGAUAUUCCUUUGGGUAGUGCAGAGCAAUUUCUUCUAACCUUGUCUUCAAUAAGUGAACUUUCAGCAAGGCUGCAUUUGUGGGCUUUCAAAAUGGAUUAUGAGUUAAUGGAAAAGGAAAUAACAGAACCAUUAUAUGAUCUAAAAGAAGGUAUGAAUCAGCUGGAGAACAAUAAAACUUUUGCAUAUAUACUCUCUACUUUGCUUGCAACUGGAAACUUUCUGAAUGGAACUAAUGCCAAGGCCUUUGAUCUGAGCUAUCUUCAAAAGGUACCUGAAGUUAAAGACACAGUGCAAAAGCAGCCUUUGUUGUAUCACAUGUGUACAAUUAUAGUAGAGAAAUUUCCAGAAAGCACUGAUUUGUAUUCAGAAAUUGGAUCAAUAACAAGGUCAUCAAAGGUUGAUUUCAACCAGCUUCAUGAUAAUCUCAGUAACCUAGAGAAAAGAUGCAAAGCCUCAUGGGAUUAUUUAAAAAUUAUAGCGAAACAUGAAAUGAAGUCAGCAUUAAAACAGAAAAUGUCAGAGUUUCUUAAGGAAUGUGCAGAAAGAAUAAUCAUUCUAAAAAUUGUUCACAGAAGAAUAAUUAAUAGGUUUCACUCCUUCUUAUUAUUUAUGGGACAGCCACCACAUUCAAUUCAUGAAGUAAACAUACAAAAGUUCUGCAAAAACAUAACUGAAUUUGCAUUAGAAUAUCGUACUUCAAGGGAUCGCGUUUUACAGCAAAAACAGAAAUGGGCAGAUCACAAGGAACGAAACAAAACCAGAGGAAAACUCAUCACAGAUACUGAUGAGGAAGAUGACCUUGAGAGUGGAAGUGUUUUAAAUCAUUCCACAUUAAAACAAAACAGUAAUACAACACAGGUAGAAAUCAUCAAAGGGCUGCAUUAUUCUGAAGAUGCAGCAGAACAUGAGAAUAUGAUGGCAAUGCUUAAAGCAUCAUCUAAAAAUGACGGCACAAGAGCAUACUCUAGAACAAGAAGCACCAAAGGGCUGCAGUUUUCUGAAGAUGCAGCAGAUCAUGAGAAUAUGAUGACCAUGCUUAAAGCAUCAUCUAAACAUGGUGGAACAGGAGCAUAUUCUAGAACAAGAAGCAACAAAGGGCGCCUUGGGUCACAUGAAGUUUCAGAUAUAGCAUGCAGUGCUGCAGAUGAAAUCAUGGAGAAUAUUGUACAAUCUGCAAAUCCAAGAGCAUCACUGAAAGAAAGAAGGCGCUCUCGAGCAAACCGUAAAGCAUUAAGAAGAGCACUGGAAAGUGAAAUGACUCAGGAUGAAGCCACAUAACUAGGACAAGUCACCAUACCUAAAUUAGAGAAACAUCAACUUAUGGAUGACGGACUGGAAAUUUAAUAAAACAUUGAUUACCAGUCACUUUUAUUUUGUUUUUAUAAUACAUUUUUCAAAGAAUAUUUAAUAAAUUAAAGUAAUGGCAUGUUCCAGAUUGUAACAUGAAUGUGUCAGUAUGGCUUGGAAGAAGUACAUAGAACCUAGCAGUGUAAAUUGGCACCAUGCAAAACCAUUAUAGGAAAUUUGUAUUUUAUAAACAUACUAAAAUGAUAAUCACGUAGUAUCCAACCGAGCCCCCCAAUAGUUGCAGGGUCUGAAUUCUUUCUAGUUAUGGUCUUGCCAUUACCAAUAAAAUAUUUGAACAAUAUAUUCAAGCUAGCCAACUACAUGAAAGUCAUCCUUUGUGUGGCCAGUCCUACACUCACUUUCAUCUGAUUCACAUAGUUUUUUACAGGGACUGAGUUUUACCUGCAGCUUGCUUACUUUCAAGCUUAAUCUCCCAAAGGCCUUUUUUAGCCGAUCCCACUGAUCCCAGUGUCCACCACUGGGAUCACCUGACUGUUGCUGGGAAAGCUGGGAGCUACAACAUUGAGCUGACCACUGCUCCUGUAUAUACUACAGCAAAAAAGGGAAAGUUGUUGUCACCACUACAUUUUAAACCAUUAGCCAUGGUUGCAAUCACCACAAAAUUCAUACAAAGACAAGGGGUCCUCUGCUCUCCCAUUAUCAAUAUCUAUAGGAUAUGAAAAUAUUUUGUGCAUUAAGCUAAUAAAAAUGCCCUAAUAAAAAGCAAAACAGUGAUUGUUUUUCAGGCCAGUCCUACACUCACUUUCAUCUGAUUCAUUAAGAAUUCUGCUGCAAUUAUGUUAUACAAAGGGAGAAAGUUUUACCUGCAAUUUGCCUACUUUUGAAGCCAUACUGGUUUAAAAAUUCUGGUUAAAAUCUGGAACAUGUCAGUACCACUUUAUGUGCAGUUUAAAAUACUGUAUGUUUAUUUUAACUGGCACUGGAAACAGUUUAGUUAUGAUGUAUAUUCCUUUUAAAACUGAUGGAACAUUCACUAUUCACAUUCAGAUUACUAACUACUUGCGUAAUCUGAAGAAUUAAGUUUGUGCUUUUCAGCCAAGAAAUGUAUUUUAUUUAUUUUAUUGAAAGAAGCUUUAAUGAGAAACACAUAUAUAGUACCAGUUAUUUUAUUACAAUGCCUUGCACUAUGUGCAUAAUAUUUAUUAGUGCAAUUUUUUAAAUCUUGGUUGCACUGAGUGCAAUUUUUCAAAAAAUCUUAGCAAAAAGCGUGUCUUAUCACACUAUUUCAUCUGCUUAAUUAAAAUGUAUAAUUAAAUUAAUUUAUAGAAAUUGUUAUUUAUGUUAGAGAUCAUUAAACAUGCAAUUUUAUUUAA